UGCUUACUGGACUGUUUCCAAAGUGGCUCCUGUAUUUAGGGGAGGGGCUGAGAUGCUCAGCGCAGCAGAAGAGAUGAAGUAGUUAAACAAGAUUACUAGCGAGGGGCCUGGAACCUCGGAUGUGGGUAUAUAAGAGGGCGCUGGAGGCGCUGAGCUACUGCUGCCUCUGCUGUGAGCCUGGAAUGGGUCUGGGUCUCUUGAGCUGAGUUCCUCCCUAGCCAGAGACAGGGAGAGGAGAAAAAGAGGGUCGCCGGAGUUCUGGCAAAGGUUCCUGUUUCACUUCUAGGACAGACAGAGGAACCCCUAACUUGUGUUUUCUCUCCCCGAGCCCUCAGCAGGGUCAGUGCGGUGCGCUUUAGCCCAGCCCACCCGCGCGAGGCACCCCAGCACCCUGCAGCAGGUCGCUUCCAAGGCAAUGCGCUUCCAAGCAGCUGGGCUUGGACUGCGAGAGUAAGGACACCCAGCAGAGAGCCGGGGAGACUGAGGGGUUAGAGCUUCCAACAGCGCAGGGGACAGAGGACGCCUCCCCGCAACACCACACCUGCUGCUACUGUUGCCACGGCGCGGAGAUGCACCCAGCUGUCUCGCUGCUGCUGAGCACAGCGCUGCUCUGUGACCACGGAGCCUUCGGUCGGCGAGUGGUUAGCGGACAAAAGGUGUGUUUUACUGACUUCAAGCAACCCUGCUACAAAAUGGCCUACUUCCAUGAACUGUCCAGCCGAGUGAGUUUUCAGGAAGCUCGCCAGGCUUGCGAAAGUGAGGGGGGUACCCUUCUCAGCCUUGAGAAUGAAGCUGAACAGAAGUUAAUAGAAAGCAUGCUGCAAAACUUGACAAAACCAGAAACAGGAAUUUCUGAUGGUGAUUUUUGGAUUGGGCUUUGGCGAAAUGGAGAGGGGCAAACAUCAGGUGCCUGCCCAGAUCUCUAUCAGUGGUCUGAUGGAAGCAGUUCCCAGUAUCGAAACUGGUAUACUGAUGAGCCUUCCUGUGGAAGUGAAAAAUGUGUUGUCAUGUAUCAUCAACCAACAGCCAAUCCAGGCCUUGGAGGUCCCUACCUCUAUCAGUGGAAUGAUGAUAGAUGCAACAUGAAGCACAAUUACAUCUGCAAAUACGAACCAGAGAUUCAUCCAACAGUUCCUGUAGAAAAGACUUAUUUUACAAAUCAACCAGGAGACACUGAUCAAAAUGUGGUUGUUACUGAAGCAGGCAUAAUUCCCAAUCUAAUUUAUGUUGUUAUACCAACAAUUCCACUGCUCUUACUGAUACUGGUUGCCUUUGGAACCUGCUGUUUCCAGAUGGUACAUAAAAGGAAAGCAAGGAGAAACUUCAUCAAAGACUCAACUCCAUUAUCAUCUGAAUGCCUUGCAGAAAGUUUAAAUUCCAAUCUGUAAAGGAAGAACUAAAACUAGCCCAAACCAGUCUACACUGUGGAUUUCAAAAAGCACCAGAAAAGAAAGUGGUAUGGAAGUAUAACAAUUUAUUAACAUGACUCGUGGAAAUGAGUUUUAUAAUUCUGGAUUUGUAUGAAGAAUAGCAUCAGAACAGUAGCUUGGAAUGGCUUAAAAAAUCUCAAAGGAUCUGCAAGAUGAACUGUAAGCUCCCCCUUGAGGCAAAUAUUAAAAUAAUUUUAUAUGUUUAGUUCACUUACAAAAAAAAAAAAGGCUGUGCUAAUAUUGGAGUGAGACAUGCUUAUUUUGCUAAAGGAAGCACCCAAACUUCAAGUAAAUGGAAUAAAGAUAAAAGAUAAAAUUGUAAACACAUUAAAUGUCUGUGUGUUGGAAGCAGUUAUUUGUGUUUCCUUCACCUUUCGUGAGCUGUAAUCUAGUUAAUGUAUUGUAAACAUAUUGAAAUUUACAUGUGUAAAAAUAUUUUACCUUUACACAGGUGUUUGAUAAAAAUUAAUUCUUUGAAUAUUUAUUUUUAUGGUGUUUCAUUUUUAAUACAUGUUCUGAUUAAAGGAAUUUAUCAUGGUGUCAACUGAAUUUACACACACAAAUAUAUUACCAUACAUUUCUUUUCUAGAAAAGGUUCAUUGUCUUUCAGCUUGUCUGCUUCAGAUAAAAGUUUAAGAAACUUCUUCAGAAAUAAGGAUCUAGAUCAUUAACUUUGGUAUAAAUCUACUAUUUUACUUAGAGGCAAGGCUUAUCUAAUUUUGACUGUGUAAGACAUGUGCCUUACAAUUACUUUUAGUUUACAAUCUACCACAUUUGGUAGUAAGUUUUUAAAUAGCUGUAUAAACAAUAGUAAACUAAAUCUAGUACAAAAGAAGUGGUAUACAUGGUAUAAAUCAUGUCUUCACAUGUUGCCUAGUCACAAGCACCUCUCUGAGAGUUUUCCUAUCCAUUUGGUUACUCUCUUGACCACAAAAUCAAGAAGGUUAUUUGGGGUAUUCUUGAUUAACUGGGCAAGACAGGUACAGAACAUCCUUAAAGUUUUGCCAAGCUUUGUAUAAGCUGUCAGAAUUUAAAAGGAUCUAAAGUUGGUACAAAGUGAGUGGGCACCACUAACAAGGAGGUAAACAUCACCCGGACAUUACUGUAAAAAAGAAAAGUCAUGAAAUUUGUGUGAGAAUAAGUAGGAAAGUAUCAGUGAUCAUGUUCAUUGCUGAGUGUUUGUCUAGGAGGGUAAAUGGGGUAAUCUUAUCCAUCUUACCUUUUCCUAGUUUCUUUAAUACUCAAGGUUUUGUGUUUUGAAGCAAGUGUUGUAGCUAUCUGGUCUACAAAUAUUACUAUUCUCCUUUUAACUAAAUAAAAAAUUCUUGUUUCUGAGGAA